AUGUCCGCCAGUCCAUCUCCAUCCGCCGGUGGUGACACCAAACCCUCCGACCAGAUCCACUUCCGUUUCUGCCGCGAGUGCUCCAACCUGCUCUACCCCAAGGAGGACCGCGAAACCAACACUCUUAAAUUCACCUGCCGCACCUGUCACGUCGGCGAGGACGCGACAUCCUACUGCGUCUACCAGAACAAACUGAACAGCCAGGUUGGCGACACCGCUGGUGUCACUACGGACGUCGGUUCCGACCCCACGGUUUGUCUCCCUGCUGUCUUGUCUGGUCUUUGCCUUUUCUGCGGUGUCCCGAUCGCCUGCGCUCUUCCCCGAGCGAACAAGCUCUGCCCGAGCUGCGGUGAGAACGAGGCGGUCUUCUUCCAGUCUCAACAGCGUUCCGCUGAAACCGGAAUGUUCCCUUUGCCCUUCUUCCUACCGUGUUUUCUUGAGAUCCUUUUACUGACUCGACUCGACCCCGUGAAGAAACUCUACUACGUAUGCUGUGCAUGCGGUAACGUCUUCAUGUGA